AUAUCGCCAUUUGAAAGGGAUUUUGCCAUUCGUUUCGAUUUGUGGGAUUCGGGAGUAAAAGUGAUGUUGAUGACCGCUUGGCCUAAAAAAGGAAAAAAAAAGUCGCCAAGUUAGUAGGUCAGCCGUGCUACUAGUCUCUCUCUCUCUUCUCUUGUAGUAAUAGUAGUAGUGGAUAUACAUAGCACUAACCUACACCUUACCUUACUAUACCUGUGUGUGUGCAACCACAUCGAGAAGGGAGAGUUUAUUUAUGAAGAAAAGAAAAAAAGAGACCCGGGCGAAAGUUUUUCGGUCCUACAUUUUGUUUUUAAAGGGAAGGGAGGAGGAGCCGUAAGAAAGAAGAAGAGAGAAAAGCAGGACGGGCGAAAGUUUUUUUCUCUACCCCGCUAGCUCCCGCGUUCGGACCUUCACAUAUUCAAAAAGCGGUCCCGCGCGCAUGCACACGGACAACAUAGGACGGUUUUAGUGUAUACACUACUAGGUCGCACCUCCCCCCUACUCUCUACCAGUCAGCCCUCCCUUGUGUGUUUCUAUUUUUCAGUGCAAGUUGAGAGCAAAGUGAAAAUGAACGAAAGUCAGUCUUGAUCCGUGCUGCACCACUGUUGUAAUCCAGCCACCGAUCGAUCCGGCUCUUAUACGAAUCUCCCGGCUUCACUUGUGUUUGUCUCUUGUCGUCGUCCGCCAAGAUCGCAGUUUAUUCUUUCCGUUUUUGGAUCGCAUCUUUUAUUUUUGGUGUUACAUCGACGCUUUUGAAAGACUCGAUUUCUGGUCUGUUUCUGUUUUGUUUUUUAACCGAAUCAAAGAAAAAAAAGUGAAUGAGAAACUGUUUUCAGCAAACAUUGGGGUUAGAAGAAACAAUUGAACGAAAUUGGACGAAAACAAUCCCGCGUGAGGGAAUGACGGUUCAGGAUUAUUUUACCACUGACGAAUUGAUUUACUCUGAACGGAUGUGUGUUGCCGAUCGUAACGAGGGCCCCACCAUGGCAUCAUCCAACAUCAACGACAGCGACACUGAACUAUUAGGUCGCGUCCUUGCAGAAUUUGAUGGAACUACUGUACUAUGUCGCGUCUGCGGAGAUAAAGCUUCCGGUUUUCAUUAUGGCGUCCACUCCUGCGAAGGUUGCAAGGGUUUCUUCCGGAGAAGUAUUCAACAAAAGAUUCAGUAUCGACCGUGCACCAAGAAUCAACAGUGCUCCAUUCUUCGCAUCAACCGUAACCGAUGCCAAUAUUGCCGGCUUAAAAAGUGCAUCGCCGUCGGAAUGAGUCGUGAUGCUGUGCGAUUUGGACGUGUACCCAAGCGAGAAAAAGCCAAAAUCUUGGCUGCCAUGCAGUCGGUCAAUGCGAGACUAGCGGAACGUUCACUUCCGGCCGAAUUUGCUGACGAAGUUCAGCUCAUGCAGUCGGUCGUCCGUGCCCACAUGGAGACAUGCGAUUUUACCCGCGAAAAAGUCCAAGUUUUGAUGGCUGAUGCUCACCGUCAACCCAAUUACACGGCCUGCCCUCCGACUUUGGCUUGCCCAUUGAAUCCGACGCCAGCGCCAUCUAACGGUCAACAGCAAUUACUGCAAGAUUUCUCCGAACGCUUCCUCCCCGCUAUCCGCGACGUUGUGGAAUUCGCUAAACGUUUGCCCGGUUUCACCUUGCUGGCCGAAGACGAUAAAGUCACGCUAUUAAAACCUGGCGUUUUUGAAGUCCUUCUUGUUCGAUUGGCUGCCAUGUUUGACUCUCAGAGCAACACCAUGCUGUGCUUGAAUGGUCAACUACUAAGGAGGGACGCCCUUCAUAAUUCGUCCAAUGCCCGGUUUCUAAUGGAUUCCAUGUUCGAGUUUGCCGAGCGACUCAACAGCCUGGCACUCAACGAUGCUGAAUUGGGCCUUUUUUGCGCCGUUGUGGUCAUCGCCGCCGAUCGACCUGGAUUGCGAAAUGUCGAAUUGGUAGAGCGGAUGCAAUCGAAAUUGCGUUCCGUCUUGGAGAAUGUGUUGAAUCAAGCCCACCCCGACAAGGCUGGACUCUUCCUGGAACUGUUGCGCAAAAUUCCUGACUUGCGCACGCUCAAUACGCUUCAUUCUGAAAAGUUGUUGGCCUUCAAGAUGACUGAACAGCAACAACAGCAACAACAACAACAUUACAAUCACCAUCCGCAUCAGCAAACGCCUCCCCCGACUGCUAGUCCUUGGCACAACGAUCGAGAUAGUUACGAUGAAGAAGGGGGAGCCAAGAGCCCGAUGGGUUCCGUAUCGAGCAGCGGCGCUGAAUCCAUUUCUUCCGGUGUCGAAGGCACGUCAUCCAUGAGCGAUUUGCCUCUAUUGGCCGCUGUGGCGGGGAGCGCCGUUCCGCUCAUGUCUGGAUCAUCUCAUCGGCGGCGGAUGCGAGGUCCGUCGGAGAAUGGCUCGUCUUCCAUGUCGAGUGACGGCGAGGAGAUGGAAUCAUCCGGUCGCUCCAUGUUGAGGAUGGUCGAAUCACCACCGCGCACCCACAGUGCAGGAGCCGGAAGCAGUGCCGGAAGUGUCAAUGGCAGCUGCCCGUACUCGAAAAUGCGCAAAUUGGAUUCUCCUGACGAUUCCGGAAUUGAAUCUGGCGUCGAUCGUUACGAGAAAAUGUCGACAGCUUCCCGGUCGACCAACACGUCGCUGUGCUCGUCUCCGCGCUCUUCGCUGGAAGACAAAGUCAAGGAAGUUGAUGAGAUGCAACUCCAUCAUCACCACCACCAUCACCAUCAUGCCACCACCUCAGCACCAUCUGUUGGCCAAGGAGGCCAAUCUAGCGUUGAUGAUAUGCCCGUUUUGAAGCGAGUGCUUCAAGCUCCGCCUCUUUUCGACACCAAUUCGCUGAUGGAUGAGGCGUACAAACCGCACAAGAAAUUCCGCGCUUUAACGCGAAGCAGUGCCGGAAGUAAAGGCGACGAAUCACCGAUGAGACAUCCGUCUGUCAGCUCACCUCCGCGUAGCUCUCCGUCAUCUUCAUCAUCAUCGACGUCGACAGUCAGCGUCUUGUCAGCCGCUCUCAGUUCUCCUCCGGGCACGUACUCUGCCCUGUGCAGUGCCUUGACCUCUCCCCCGACGACGUCUUCGUUGGCGAUGUCGCUAUCCUCGGGGGUCGUCAGUUCAUUGACGUCGACCCAUUCAACGCUGGCCCGCUCUCUGAUGGAAGGCCCUAAAAUGGUUAGCACUGAACAGCAGCGCCGCGCCGAUCUCAUCGUCGCCAACAUAAUGAAGGGCAAUGUUUCGGCAUCGUCACCCACUCCUUCCUCAUCAUCGUCCGGCCAAAAUUAUUCAAUGUCUCCGUCACCUCAUUCCAGCAACAACGGACAACAGCAGAGGACCGUUCUGACGUCUGGUCCACUCUAUGUCGGCUCACCCGCGCCAUCUGGCAGUAGCAGCUGGAACUAUAACCACCAAAGGGCAUCGCCCGUUUCGCCUCGGCUCCAUUCCAGCCCGAGUCCGAGUCGAGUUGCGCAACAGCCAGAAUCAGCUUCAUUAGCUGGGGCUGAUUCGCAACCACUAAAUUUGUCGCUCAAGUCGCCCUCGUCGUCGCCGGCCAGGCCUACUACGCCAGUCACGCACAGCACUCACUAUUUUCCCCUUCACGCCUGAAAACAAAAAACAAAAAAAUAUUGAUUUCCCUCUUUCACCGUACCUGUGGAUUGUGUGCGUGUGUGUUGGAUAUGAAAGGGCGAGGAGGAGGUAGGGGCCGACUGGAUAAAGGGGAAAAAAGAAACAAAAUCCCGCAAUUUGGUUCGUCAACUGUACUUUUGAAUCGAUCCCUUUCAAAUGCUACAACAACAACCAACCAACAACAACAACGCCGUUUUUGUACAUUUGCAGAACUAAAACUGUGAACUAGUUCUUCUACCAGCUUCGGUCGAGUUUAUAUAUAUAUACAAGUCUCUUAUAUUCCCCACCCCCGUUCUACCACGACCGAAUCGUUAUGCAUAUAUUUGUAGACAUUUGAGUGUAAAGUUUAAUAACUUGAUCCUUUUUUCAUUUUUUUUUUCUGAAAGCAAAAAACAAAACAACAAAAAGAAUCAAGAAAACUCGAAUCGCGGAAUCCCUUGCUGUUAAACAGUCCCAUUCGAAAUUGGCGCGAUAUUUCAAAAUUUCUUUCGGGGAAAAUUGUGUGCGUUUUGUUGUCAUAGUAGCCGGUGGCGUCCAAGACGCGUUUCUCUUUUCUUUUCUUUUCUUUUUCUUUUUUCAAGUGAUUUAAUCCCGGCAAAAUAAGUGGGAAUUUAAUCGCCCGCUAUUUUCGGUGAAGUUUUGUAUUUCCUUCUUCGCAAAAGAAAAAAAGCCCCUUUACCAAGAAAUUGUCCGUGUAUCGUAUGUCGUCACACACCUGCUCGACCUAGCCCUUUCAAAAAAAAUUUUUUAUUUUUUUUUUAUGAAUCCUGGACAACUCUCGAGUCGAAAGGUUGUGACGAUCGAUCUCGACAUGAUUUUUUUGUUGUUUAUUGUGAAAUCCUUGAAUUUCUCUUAAAUAUCCAAAAACGAAAAACAAACAAACAUAAAAAAAAAAAAAAUAAUAAUAAUAAUAAAUAGCAUAUUUCGUGUGCUUGUGAUUGAUGUACGACGGACAACCCAUUUCCUGUGAACGACAGAGAGAAAGAACGUGAGAAUCCGGCGGAAGGGUAUCCUUAACAUUGGGCGGGAGCCCUUCCAUGUUUCUGUACGAGUCGCCUGUCUUGUAUGAUUGUUUUAUCCCAGUGGAAGACACACCCUUCUUUUCUCUUUGAUUUUCGGUUUUUACCCUAUCUUUAUAUAUAUUAUAUAUAUAUUAUUAAAAAAAUAUAAAUUGUGUGUCACAGCGUGUUUGUAACCUUUUUCCAUUUCUUUUUUGUUUGCGGGGGGUAACAUAUUUUCGGAUGGUUGAGGGAGGAAAAAACAAACAAACCGAGUGAUGGGUGAGGAAAAAAAAGAAUGUUUGAAUUUCCCUUUUUACUUGGAAAUUUUCCCGGGGUUACUAAUGCACCCUAAACUUCUGUAAUUUUUUUUUUUCUUCCGUUUCUUUGAUUUUGUAUGUUGUUCUUUAAUGGGAAUUAUGGAAACAAAGUGAUGAAUUUCUCUCUGUCGUUUAUAUAAAUAUUUUUUUUUGUUUCAAUUGUUUUGUGAUUUUAUUUGCAACAUUUUUCGUAAUUUUGAUUUAUUUGAUAGGGAAAAAAAAAUGUCUCCUCCUUCCCCAAUUCAUAGUGUAAUGGAAUGAGCGUUCUUAUGUGAGAUUUUUUUUCUUUUUCAAAUUGUAUGUGCCGUGUGUUCUACUGACCGGUUAAUGUAGCGCAUUUUGCGUGCGCAAUCUAGACAUUACAAUUAUGCAAGAAUGUCAA